GGUGCCUGCGCGCCUCCGCGGUUCGGCUCUGACCCAGCAGCAGCAGGAGCAGCAGCAGCGAGAGGAGGAGCAGAGUUCUGUUCAGGCUGCAGAGGAUUUCUCCAACAAUCAAAACAAGGACGAAGCAGAACGCUGGACUGUAGCAACCUGAGCUGGAGGACAACUUCAGGAACGACAUAACGUAGAAGAAGUCUUCCUCUCAGUGAAUGAUCCGCCUGCUGUCGCUGCUGCUGCUGCAACUGAUGCUGAUCCUCAACACAACCGGCAGCAAACGUAUCUUCUAAAAAAAAACAAAAAAAAGAACCGAUGCUCCUUUUUCCUGCUGAGGAAUCGGCCGUCUCUGUGCAGGAUCAGGUGCAGCAGCUGAAUGGCGGCGUUCUGCAGCAGAGACUCUGUCAGAUCUUCAGACGUGGAGAACUUGGUUUGCACGCUCAGUUCAUCUGAGGGAGUAGAAAACCCUCCUCACAUGAAGGUCCACUGCAGACCUGGAGGCGAUGAAGUGGUCCAUUCAAAGAGCUCCGGGUGUCAGACGGCUCUCCACCGCAGCGCCAUGGUGGGGAACAGCGAGACCACGGCCGCUCUGAUCGCUGGAGGCUGCGCUGUGGACCUGCAGGACCCACUUGGAAACACGGCGCUCCAUGAGGCGUCCUGGCACGGAUUCACACAGUGCGUCAAACUGCUCGUUAAGGCUGGCGCUGACGUGCGCGUCAAGAACAAGGCAGGAAACUCGGCGCUUCACCUGGCCUGCCAGAACGCACACGCUCCCACCGCUCAGCUCCUGCUGCUCGGAGGUUCAAAUCCCGACGCCAAGAACAAGGUGGGCGAUACCUGUCUGCAUGUGGCUGCUCGCUACAACAACCUGAACCUGCUGAAGAUCCUGCUGAGGUCGCGGUGCCGCUUGAAUGAGACCAACCAGGUUGGAGACACAGCUCUUCACGUUGCAGCAGCUCUGAACCACAGGAAGGCUGUUCAGCUUUUACUGUCAGCCGGUCUGAAUGUGAGAGUCCGGAACAACGCAGGAAAAACAGCGCUGGAUAAAGCGCUGGAGCACCAGAGCAAACAUGUGGCUCUGCUGCUCUCCAAAGUUCCUCAGGUACGUUACAUGAGGAGAAAGACGAUGAGGAAGCCCAGACUGAGAGCGCCAACUCGACCCGCCAAAGUCGGCGCCUUGAAGAUGGAGCAAACAGAACCCAGAUCAGACGGUAAGGAACUGGAUGCAGAAGAUCUCACCUCAGGAAGGAAACACAGUAAAUCGCAGAAGGACGAGUUCUGGGAUGAGGGUGGAAAAACCUUUCAGCUGUACACUCUGUACAGAGACAGGGAGGGCAGAGUGCGGCAGGCUCCUGCCAGCGGCUGCAUCUGCGAGUCUCUCAUAAAGAAGCUGCAGGGUGAUCUCACGACAACAAAGCAGGAGCUGAGGCUGCAGAUCCUGAAUGUCCAGGAGGAGCUGCACGGCCAGAUGGACAGGAUGGAGCGCCGCAACAAACACCAGCUCAGGAAGUUGGAGAUGUUGAUCCAGGAGAAAGCAGCAUCUGAGAGGAGGAGCCUUACAUCCAGGAUGGAGCAGAGAGCAGCACAGGACCGAGCAGAAGUUCUGAUGAACCAGGAUGCUCUGAGAUAUGAACUGAAGAGCUGGUGUCUGUCUCUGCUGGAGGACUUGGACAUCUCGGUUCCAGCUGAGACCAUUUACCAGAACCUGCUGCUGUCUCCGUCCGCAGCAGAAACGGAUCUGGAGUCGGUGCCGCUGCUGUUUUCUGGAGACAGCAGCCCCUCUGUGUCCGCCAGCACCCUGAGACCAAGAGGAUCUGAGAGUUUGAGGCUGGCCGAACCAACCGGGGCCAGAACCUACUUCGAGAUGAAGGUGGACAGGUGUGCAGAUUACACAGAGGAACGCUCCAGCAGCACCAGCACCGGCCCACAGGAAGAGGUCUGGGGCCCCAAGAAUGACACCAUGACUCUGGAGUUCCUCAUGGACCGACCUGCUGAGCCCACAUUCAUUCAGGAGAGGAAACACCUGCACGCCGUAGAGGUGACUCAGCAGUUCUUUGACGCCGUGUCGGCUCAGCUGGAGCGCUGGUGCUCCAGGAAGAUCCUGGAGGUGGAGUUCCAGUCGGAGCUCAGGGCCCGGGCGGAGAGGAAGGAGAUGCUGCAGCGAAUCAGAGAGCUGGAGGAGGAGCUUCACCGGCUGCAGACCAAUGAGGAGAAAGAGAGCUUCCUGAGACCGAAGAAAUCAGAUUUUAAUUGAGUGUUGAUACAAAAAGGUCUGCCAGCAGAAUUUAGCUUCACGUUUGUAUGGUUUUAUUAUCAGGAGAGUAAAAGCUGAUCCUGAUGGAUUUCACUUUGUCUCCAGUAGAUGAGGUUUCAAAGGGGAUGUUCAUCACAUUUUUGCACAAAAUCAGUUUUAGAUAUUUCUGCCUGUUUUGAGCUCCUUUUAGAACAAAUAG